AUGAUUCUUGGGAGAGUGGGUAUAGAAAGAAUUCUUGAUAUUCAGAAAGAAAUGAUGUGGUUAUUGGAGCCUGCAUGCAAAGCGUCCAGCCCUCAGCUAGCAGACAGUAAAAAAGGCAGUGCACGUAACACAGGGAAGAAAGCUCCGCCACCAGUUUUAAAAAGAAUAUCACACUUGGGCUGCCUAACAACAGGGUUUGAUACUCUAGAACAACCUCUGGUCUUAGUGCAAACAGCUUGCCGGAACAUAGGCCUGGAACUAGGAAUAGAUGUUUAUUUAGCAAUUAACUGUGCUGCUCAUGAAUUGAUGGACUAUACAAAAGGAAAAUAUGAAACACUCACUGGAACACUCAAGAGUCCUGAAGAACUAGUUGAUAUGUAUGUGGACCUGAUUAAUAAAUAUCCCUUUAUUAUUGCAUUAGUAGAUCCUCUGAGGAAAGAGGACUGCCAGCAGUGGAGUAAUAUAUGUAAUAUGCUUAGUUCCAAAUGCUACCUGAUUGCAGAAGAUGCAUCUAAAAUUAUUUCUAAACUUGUAAUAGACCAAAAUAUACAAGUACCAAAAUGCAGUGGUCUUGUAGUAAAAUAUACAAACCAAACCACGAUAACAGAUCUGAUAGAACUUACAAGAAUUCUAGAUGGACAAAGACAUAUUACCAUAUUAGGAAGUCCAGAUGGAGAAUCUUCUGAUGAUAGCCUUGUAGAUCUGGCUGUUGGACUGGGCGCCAGGUUUAUCAAGUUGGGAGGUCUUUCCCGUGGAGAGAGGGUGACCAAAUACAACCGCCUUCUUGCUAUAGAGGAAGAACUGGCCAAGAAUGGAGCGCUGCGUUCAGGAGAAAAGUAUCUUGAAUUUGUUGAUUUUGCUGAAGAAGCAAUACUGAUAGAUGCAGAACUUGAUGCACUUCCUCCAACAAAGCAGGGCCAGAUGCUUCCCCAGUCUGCCCAGCCAUCACUGGCUGAGGACUAGGACUCCUCUCACAGGACAGCACAUUCCACCUGACUUGAUGGAUGCAUCAGCAUCACUUCAAUGGAUUUGGAGCCAGAGCAAUUAAUAGUCUGGUCCUGCAAGGUGCUAAGAACCCUCAGCUGUCAGUGAAGUCACCUGGAAUUGUGAGUCCACAGCACCUCAGGAGAUGGACUGUAAAUUUUGGGGUUUAUGUUCUGAUGUGUCAUUAGAUUGACAAGGGAAAUCCACACACUUAUACAGAGCCUUCCUGGACACACUGUGUAGUGGCAAGGUCCCUUCAUGCAGGUACAAUGGUAGUAUCAGGUUUUUAUGGACAACCUAUAUUUAGGGCAAUAGUGUACCAAACUUGAAUCCUUGUAUUCAUAUUAAGUUUGACCUGUUACAUUUAUCUAACAAAUUAUUUUAAAUACCUCCAAAUUCAACUAUGACUUUCAAUUUUCAUUCCUAUUCACCAAUACAGUACUGUUUUUACAGGUUUUUAGUCUAGGAAUAAUUAAGGCUAAAGUAUAUGUUGGUACAUGAAUUUUAGGCAGGGUAAACGUGCAACACUAAACUCAUUCCAGCAAGCAACUCGUUUCUUAUCCUGCAUAUCCCUUAAUACAGUUAAAUACUUGUGACUACUCUGAGUGAGAUAUUUUAAAGCCACUCUAACCUGACCUCUUCAUGUACUCACUGGAGUAUUGCCUUCAAUGGGAACAGUGCUAAGCUGUUAAUGAGCAUUUUUUGAUACUUUCAUCCUCCAUUUCAAACAACAGUUUGUGAUGCAGUACUGGAUGUUUUAAUAAAGGCUCAGCUUCUCUAAGCAUUGGUAUUUACACAAAUGUCUGUCGUUAUAUAAGGUUUCACUUGUCUGUAGAGAUGUGAAAACAAACAUUUAAAAAAACCAAAAAAACAGAGCUGCUUUGUCCAACACUUGCUCAAUACCUCUCUUAUGUCUAGUCCAGAAGAAAAACAUAUUAUUCCAGCAACUGAUGGCUAGCUAUGCCACUGCAAACCCCAUGCAUAGAAUAAAGGUAGAAAUUUG